ACGCAUAGACUUCCUUCUCGUUUCUGCUUCCUUAUUCGCGAGUACCGACCAAGUUAACCAAAUUAAAGCCUAUUCCCUUUCCUUCAUUGCUAAGUACUUUCUUCGAAGCGAAAACCUCUUCGUCUUCUAUAUUAAAACCUAAAUACUAUUAUUAAUAAGAUUUUUACGAUAUAUAAUAUACUGAAAAAAUAAAUUAUAUGUGAAAGAUGGGUUCAUCGUCGUCGGAGACAAAGUUCCUGCAAGAACUGAUUUUGUACGCUGCCAGCGCCGCCCUUAGUUGCUUGGUCCUCUUCGCGGGGCUCCGACACCUCGACCCCAACCGGGAGGCUUCUAAAAAGGCACUCGAGCAGAAGAAGGAAAUUGCCAAGCGCUUGGGUCGUCCUUUAAUUCACACCAAUCCCUACGAGGAUGUAAUAGCAUGUGAUGUGAUAAAUCCUGAUCACAUUGAUGUGGAAUUUGAGUCUAUUGGAGGAUUAGAAUCCAUCAAGCAGGCUCUCUACGAACUAGUGAUUCUUCCAUUGCGGAGACCAGAGCUGUUUACACAUGGAAAGCUUCUUGGUCCUCAAAAAGGGGUUUUGUUAUAUGGACCCCCAGGUACUGGAAAGACCAUGCUUGCUAAAGCCAUUGCAAAGGAGUCUGGAGCUGUUUUUAUAAAUGUGAGGAUUUCAAAUCUGAUGAGCAAGUGGUUUGGUGAUGCACAGAAACUUGUGGCCGCCGUGUUUAGCUUGGCUUAUAAACUCCAGCCUGCUAUUAUAUUCAUUGAUGAGGUUGACAGUUUUUUAGGACAGCGUCGUAAUACAGAUCAUGAAGCAAUGACAAACAUGAAGACUGAGUUCAUGGCUUUAUGGGAUGGUUUUACUACUGAUCAGAAUGCACGAGUUAUGGUUCUUGCUGCAACAAAUCGUCCUUCAGAACUAGAUGAAGCCAUACUCAGGCGUCUUCCCCAGGCUUUCGAGAUUGGAAUACCUGAUCGCAGUGAGAGGGCUGAGAUACUGAAGGUGAUUUUGAAGGGUGAGAAGGUUGAAGAGGGCAUCAACUUUGACUUCAUAGCCAGUUUGUGUGAAGGUUUCACAGGUUCAGAUCUUCUUGAACUCUGCAAGAAAGCAGCAUACUUUCCUAUCAGGGACUUACUAGAUGAUGAGAAGAAAGGAAAGCCGUCUGGAGCUCCAAGGCCAUUAUCACAGACUGAUUUGGAGAAAGUACUUUCCACAUCGAGGAAGACCGGGGUUGCUGCAAAUGAAUAUACCAGGUUAAGUUCACAGUUAUCUGGAUGGUCAAGGCAGAAAGAAUCAGAUGAUUAUCAGGUUCAAGCUGCAAUCAAUGAACUCUCGAAGCUUGUAGUUUUUCAAAUUGUUAACCUUCAAUCAGAUUCUCAGGAUGCCUGA